UAAACAAGAUAUUUAAUUGUUACUUGACUUUAUAAAGUGUAGAUUAUCAGGGAAACAAAAUUUCAUAAUAACAUUCAACUUUUUAACACAACUUAAUGUACGGGUAUUCCGCAUAAUUUCAUAUCUAACCAGAUUUGAUUUAAUAUGGCUACCGGUGGAGAUUUAUUAGAGGGCGGACAUGAGCCGUAUUAUGAUUUUCCAUGGUCGCUUUGUGAGAACGAAGGAAAGAACAUGGAGGCUGUCAGAUAUUGUGAGGAAUGCUUUGUUUACAUGUGUGACUCUUGUGUCAGGGGUCACAACAAAUUUCCGCUCAACACGAGACACCAAUUACUAGACCAAAGCCAAUUUGUGAAAGUGGCCAAAUCUAAAGUUGUUUCAUUUCCGACGAAACGAUGUUUGAAACAUCCUGGUGAACUCAUUAAUAUAUAUUGCGGGAACCAUGAUGUCGUCUGCUGUAGCUCGUGCAAGGUUCUGGAGCACAGCAUUUGUGCUAACACCAAGCAUUUGAUAGACGCGGCUAAGGGUGUACAGAAAAGCAAAGAGUACCAAAGUAUCAAACAGGAAACACGUGCCCUCCUGAACGACGCCGUUAGAGUUCUUGCAGACCGGAAAGCUGAUAUUUCUCGUAUCGAGAAUGAAAGACAAGAUGUCAAGAAAGUUAUUGCUGAUUUUAGAAAAAAAGUAAAUAAGUACUUUGAUGACCUGGAGGAAAAAGCUCUCGAUGCUUUACAUGAUAAAGCGGAUAUAAUCGUACGCAGUUGCAAACAAGAUACAAAAGAUCUUACUGUCAUGAAAUCAACAGCUGGGGAAAUGCUGAAGGGGCUAGAGUCAUUCAAGGGAGAUAAUGAGUGCGAUCUCUUUGUACAAGUCAAAACCGACAAGAAAUUCUUAAGUACUGCUAUGCAAGAAGUUCUUAAUAUCUCGAAGAAGGUACAGAAAGAUGCUAUAAACAUUAGAAUAGACCCGAAAAUCGAGCCAUACCUUAGAUCACUUGAAGAGUUUGGCACCUUUACAGAUAACCAUAUGAACGCACGCCAACUUUCACCAGUAGCCACAGACACGCAUGAGCGCCUGUCACGUGCAUCUACGCCAUUCUCACAGACGUCUCCAGUUAAAUACAAAACACAGCUGUAUGGUAAAUUUGAUGUAAAGGAGAAAUCUGAUUCUAAAGUGUGUGAUAUACCAGGUAUUUGUCAGUUACCAGACGGAACUUUCCUUUUAGCUGAUUGGGGCAACAAGAAGCUGAAGAGACUAGAUCGGUCAUAUAAACUUCUCGAUUCGCUACGACUGCCCAAUGAACCACGUAGUAUAUGUAAUGUUGGUUCUGAUGAGGUCGCUGUGUCUUUGUAUUAUGCUAAGAAAGUUCAGUACAUAACUAUAAAUAAGAAACUGAGAUUGACGCGAUCAUUCAGUACAGGUGGCUACUGUAGAGGAAUGGUUUAUGUUGAUGAUAAACUGUAUGUCUGUUGUGGUGAUGUAGAUGAAUCAACUUCCUAUUGUAUAGAAGUGUAUAACAACGCUGGUCAGCUACAUCAUUCUAUAAGUGGAUUAUCUUCCGUUCCAUUAUACAUCACAGUCACAGAUGAUGGUCAGCAUCUUCUUGUUACCAGCAGGAAUUGUGAUAACAUUACUAUGAUGGAUCUGACUGGUAAUGUAGUCAACACGUUCAGCAAAAGGGACUUGAAAAAUCCUAGAGGCAUAUGUACUGAUGGUAAAGGUCAGGCGUUUAUCUGUGGUAAGGACAGUAACACAGUUGUUCAGUUGGAACCCGAGCAGCAGAAGAUAGAAGUGAUCCUGGGAGAGAAAGAUAGUAUCAAGAAUCCUUAUGUAAUUUGGUAUGACAGAAAACUGUCUAGAAUACUGGUCUGUUGUUUUGAAUCAAAUCAAGUGUUUGUAUUCAGCUUGAAAUAAGGCGUGAAGUAUCGAAAGAAGAUCUCUGACAAAAUUAACAUUGAUAUCAAUUGACGGUGUAUAUCUACUGUAUACUAUCAUUAUAUAAUGAUUUUGGUAUUACAAUAACUGUUUCUGUGUAUUUUAACGUGAAAUUAUUUGACAAAAACUUUAAAUAUAUCAGAUGUUAAGUUGAUCUAAAUAUAACAUGUUGAUUAAAUACUUCAAUACAGGAAAAUACACGCAAACGUUAACUCAAACGACAUAUCUUAUGAUCUGUAAUGCUUGAAGAGCUUAAAUUGGAUCAAAUAUGUAUAUAUAAACAAACUCUUGCUAUGCAGGGAACGUUAAUAAAAUAUCUUUAAAUAUAUUUACCUCUCGAUGAGUCAAAGUGCAUCAGUUAAAUCAAUUUCUUUAAUAAAUGAGUUUAUUUUGUUACAUAAAACCUUUCUUUGAAAAAUGAGAAACGGGCCGAAAAAUCAAAGUCUAUCAUAGAGCACCCAUAAUGUAACCUACAUUAUUUCGAUGAUAAGUUUGCCACUGAUGCAAUGCGGAGGCAACUUUUAAUUUGUAAGUAAUUUAUACCUUGUAAAUAAUGUACUGAUGUUUUAGUUCAUAUAGUGUUUUAUGUAUAUGCUGAAAUAUUUUUGCUUAUCAAGUUCUCCCUGAUCUGAUCAAAGUGCAUACAGUUUUGAUGCCACUAUUUCUUAACUAGUGUGCAUUAGUACCUUUUCUUACACUUUUCAUUUUAUGGCAGUUUUUGAUAAACAGAUAAGCAAUGACAUUUUCAGCCUUUUAGAUAAUUGUUGUUUAAGUUUCAUCUGUUAUUAUACGUUUCAAUACUGUAGUUCUUUAUAACUCCGCAUAGGAGUGAAAAAUUACUUAUGCUGAAUUGUUAUAUUUGUAUAUACUGUGUAUAUCU